AUGGGGUCUGCAACAUCAAAGGAGAUGGCGGCAGCGGUCCUGAUACCGUUGCCGUUCGCUCUCAUCAGCAUGCUCCUCCGGUUUUGGAUCAGAGCACGAAAGAAUACCUGGGGACCGGAUGACUGGGCCAUGGUAGCUACUGUGCCUGUCUGGCUGGUAACUACGAUUUCUACAAUAGUCAUGGCUUGGAGCGGAGUCGGGCAGCAAGACGACACUCUGACAUCGGAGCAGAUGGCAAAUUCUUAUAUGUGGUUCUACAUCUUCCAGGAAUCCUGGUGCUUUGUCCUAGUCACUCUGAAAUGGUCCAUCGGCUUCACUCUCCUCAGAAUCGCCGGCGGGAAACGUUGGGUGACAAUCCUCAUCUACUCGUGCCUGGUGCUGGUAACCAUCUGCACCGGCGGCACCGGCAUGUUUCUCUUUUUCGGAUGUGACCCUGUCCAGAAAAACUGGUACCCGGAGCUGCCUGGAACUUGCCACCCCCGCGAGAUCCAAACGGCGCUGUCCUUCCUCGUUGCGGCCGUUUCCAUCUUCACAGACUGGGUCUUUGCAAUCUUGCCCGCAGUGCUGAUCUGGAAGCUUCAGAUGCCCAGCCGCGUCAAGAUGUCUGUGAUUGGCCUUCUCGGGCUUGGUUUCUUCGCAUCCAUCGCCCCCAUCGUGCGACUACGAUACCUCCUCCUCAUGAACGACGCGACCCGAUUCGUCCAGAACCUCGGCAUAAUCCUCGCCUGGGCCAUCGCCGAGGUCGGCGUCGGCCUGCUGGUCGCCAACCUGCCCGCCUGCCGACCGCUGCUCGAACGCGCCCUGUCCCGCCUCACAUCGUUCACCGGCUCCAAGGGAAAGACGCUGGGGCCGACGAACGACCCCGAGACCGCGCGCAAGGCCAGCUACCUCGAGCUCGGGGAGCAGCCGGGCACGCACGGCGGAGGCGGAAAGAAGGGCGCCAACAGCAGGGCGGUCGGCACGGAGACGGGGACUUCAAACUAUGGCGUCGAGACGCGCAUCUACGGCAGGGAUGACACUCGCGGCCAGAGCAUCGAGAGCUUGGGGGCGGACCAGGAGAGCAUGAGGCGCAUCGUGGCCAAGAGCAGCUCUGGGGCGAUUAGGGUCCAGACCAAGUUUGGGUUUGAGGUCGAGAACGACCGCAUGGGUGGGUUUUGA